AUGCCUGAGGUUUACACCGCGUUACCGUCUAGUUCCUUUGUCAUCAAUGAUACAGAGAAUCUGCCCAAGGUGAAGGGCCACCAGGGAAUGCAGGACCCAAGCAAGGAACUGAAUCUGUUUCACAUGGUUCACCAAAUUAAUAUAUUGGCACCUCCCAAGGCUCAGAGACUGUGCACAACAAGUUCCUAUAAGCACAAGCUGGCAGGAGAUGUGGAAAUGCCCCUCCCUUCCCAACAGUUGAACGCAGGCGACAAGGCCAAGGAGCUCUUCAAGAUGUACCGCGUUAGGGAGGACGAAACAGGUGGAAUGUACCGUGUCAUCAUCGUCAGCGCCUUGAUGAUGCGAGCUGGUGCCAAAAUUCGGGAAGAGUAG